AUUCUCCUGAGAAUGAUAUUCCUAUGGAGAUCACCACAGCAGAACCACAGGUUUCUGAGGCAGUAUAUGACUGUGUUAUUUGUGGACAGAGUGGCCCCUCCUCUGAAGACCGACCUACAGGAUUAGUUGUACUAUUACAAGCAUCCUCAGUUUUGGGGCAGUGCCGUGACAAUGGUGAGCCAAAAAAGUUGCCAAUCACUGAAGAGGAGCAGAUUUACCCUUGGGAUACAUGUGCAGCAGUUCAUGACGUGAGGCUUUCAUUAUUACAGCGCUAUUUUAAGGAUAGUUCAUGUCUCUUGGCAGUAUCAAUUGGCUGGGAAGGAGGUGUUUAUGUACAAACCUGUGGCCACACAUUACAUAUAGAUUGUCAUAAAUCUUACAUGGAGUCAUUAAGGAAUGACCAGGUUCUUCAGGGCUUCUCAGUGGACAAAGGAGAAUUCACUUGUCCUCUCUGUAGGCAGUUUGCUAACAGUGUUCUUCCUUGCUAUCCUGGAAGCAAUGUGGAAAAUAACCUUUGGCAACGUCCUAGCAACAAAAGCAUACAAGAUCUCAUAAAGGAAGUGGAAGAGCUACAGGGACGACCGGGAGCUUUCCCAGUAAGCAUCAGU